GCUGAAAUCACGAGCGCGGAAAUGGUGUUUACAUUCCUGUGCUUGCUUCGUGUGUCAAGAAGACUAAGCUCAAAUCUGUCUGAAAUCUCCUAUCGAGAACGAGAACAAAAGAAACAAACUAAGCCUGAAGGAUGAUUCUUGAAAGAGGACAGCCCUUCAUCCUCUCCCUCCUCUUAUUUAUCUCAGUGCUGUUAUCUUUGAGUCACUGCCAUCCAUACCCAGUAGCUGUAAACAGGAUAGUAUCCAAUCAUACUCAAAGAAAAGUCUCGGACAUCGCUGCAGAGGUAGCGAGUUAUGCUGAUGUGGCCAAACAGAUUAUUGACCUGGCUGUGUCCGGUGCUGCCCAGAAUCGCUCCUACAAACGGCUUGCAGACUUUACUGAUACUAUUGGGAAUCGUGUCAGUGGCUCACAGAACUUGGACAUGGCUAUCAAGUAUAUGUACACUGCUCUGACACAGGAUGGACUUGAUGUGCAUCUGGAACCAGUAAAAAUCCCCCACUGGGUGAGAGGGAAUGAAAGUGCAGCAAUGAUUGCACCCAGAGCCAAAAGUCUAGCUAUGCUGGGACUGGGUAGCAGUGUAGGGACACCACCUGAAGGUAUUGAAGCUGAGGUUUUGGUGGUUGAAUCUUUUGAUGAACUGAAACGUAGAGCCAGCGAGGCUGUAGGGAGGAUAGUGGUCUUCAACCAGCCAUUUGUCAGCUAUGGGGAAACGGUGGCUUACCGUGCUUUUGGAGCAUCUGAGGCAGCUAAAGUGGGAGCUGUGGCAACUCUCAUUAGAUCUGUCACUCCGUUCUCUAUUAACAGUCCCCACACAGGUUGGCAAGACUACCAAGAUGUGAAGCGCAUCCCUACAGCCUGUAUUACCAUAGAGGAUGCUGAGCUGAUGUGGCGUAUGGCACAGAGGGGGCAGAAGAUUGUGGUCAGACUCAUAAUGGGAGCCAAGACUCUGCCAGAUGCUGACUCCUUUAACACAGUGGCGGAGAUUAAAGGCUGGCAGCACCCUGAACAGGUUGUCUUACUGAGCGGCCAUUUGGACAGUUGGGAUGUGGGCCAAGGUGCAAUGGAUGAUGGCGGUGGAGCCAUGAUUUCUUGGGAGGCCCUGUCAAUCAUCAAAGACUUGGGUUUGCGUCCGCGGAGGACCCUGCGUACAGUGUUGUGGACAGCUGAGGAGCAGGGUGGAGUCGGAGCGCAGCAGUACUUCAGUCAACACAAGGUGAACCUGUCAAAUUUUGACUUGGUCAUGGAGUCCGACUCGGGGACCUUUACCCCAUUGGCUCUGCAGUUUGCUGGCAGUGAUGCAGCACGAAAGGUGAUGGAGGAAGUGGUCAAACUCUUGGCUCCCAUUAACACCACCAAACUAGAAGCACAUGGAGAAGGAACAGACAUCUCACCUUGGAUGCAGGCUGGUGUACCAGGUGCCAGCCUCCAUGUAGCAGAUAGUCGAUACUUUUGGUUCCACCACAGUGAAGGCGAUACUAUGACCGUCCAGGACCCUCAAGACAUGAACCUCUGCUCAGCAUUGUGGGCUGUGGUUGCCUAUGUGGUGGCAGACCUACAGGACAUGCUUCCCAGGUAGCCUGUUGGCACACAGCAAGUGGAGCAUAAAUCAAAUUGAACUUGAGGUUAAAUCGAUUUAGAAGAUAUUUCUGUCAACUCUCCUUGGAAUAAUUGAAUUAUUUAAUCUAAGAAAGAAUAGAAAAAGAGAUGGAUUACUUGAAAGACGUAAUAUAAACCAAAACAUUAAGGCUAAAUUAGUGUGAAAAUAACUGAGUUUUUAAAUUGGAGUCAAUACAACAUUAAUAACAAAAAUAAGUUAGAUAAAUAACGACGCUAUAGAUUUACAUCAUGUAGCUCAGGGCUGUUUCAUGAUUAUUUUAAAUGUUAAGCUAAAGCUUCAUAAUGAUUCUUGAAGAAUUAUUAUUAUUUCAGCCAAUAGAAAUUUGUUUGAGGGAGAGAAUUAUUCUUUUCAAUCAUGUUUAAAUGCUAGUCUAAUAACCAAGAUGCAACCAGGGAAAUGGGAACAUGAACUUUCUCAGGUACGGUACACUUCUCAUACUUUGUUAAUUUUCUGAGAAACUAUAAAAUUAGGAUUGCUUUAAGUGGCUUACAGUGUAGAAAUUAAAUGAAGUCUCAUAAUGUUUGUAUAAGCAAUGUCACAAUUCUAAAAGAGAAAAUGAAUUGUUGUCCCAUCUUUUUCUUUUUUUCUUUUAAUAUGUUUUAAUGUUGUUGUAUAAUUGUUAUGUUGAUUUUUUAGGUAUGAUUGUAUCUCCUUGCAUUCUUUUUAACUGUGGGAUUUGUUUUCUACAACCAUAUAACAAGGAGGCCUUGUACAAUUUUUACACUGAAAAUGUUUUCAAGUGCUCUAAAUGAGUCAAUAAAGCAAAACUGAUUGCUUUAAA